CCUGCUACACACGGCGCCUCCCACACUCUUUGUCACCGGACCGCCCGGUACAGGUAAAACUGUGGUGCUGCUGCUGAUGGCCAUACAGUGGCUGCGGUGUGGUCACCACGUCUACGUUGUCAGUACUCAUGAUGGAAGUGAAGCAGCGUGCAUGAUGCUGUAUCACCUGUUGCUGCAGUCAGUAAAGAGACAACAGUCAGCAGGUGUAUCACCUGGUCAGCCUCACUACCUGCAGUAUGAUCUUGAUGACGAUAAAAAGAACGAGGCGGAGAAGGCCAUCAACGACUUGUCACAGGCAGCAACAGGAGGGUCGUUGUACAUCAUCGCUGAUGAAGUAGGGGGCUAUUACAGGUCACCAUACUUCUACAAAGUGUGUGACAAGCUGCUAACACAAGUUUCUGAUCUCCAUUUGUGGGCGUCAAGUUGUUUCCAUGGACAUGCACCCGACGGCUGGCAAGAGGAAUGUUUAACCAGACCCCUCCGCUCUCCGCCGGCCGUCGUCAGGGAAGUCGAGCAGGACGACUUUAUCACUAAACACGGUGAUGUAAAACCGUACACUGAGCGAGGUCACUCAGGUGACAGGCCAGGUGACUGUGUGACGUGCGGUCGUGACGUGGCCAGCUUCCUACUCAGUCUCCGUGUUGGUGUUACAGAGAAUGUCACGACAACAGCCACGACCGUCAGCUCCACCAACGGCGGCACAACACCGCCCUGCCUGCAGUGGAGAGACGUGCUGGUGUUGUACUGGAAUGACAUUAGUGACGACUCGGGUAUGAUGAAGGGACUUGAAGAAGCGAGUAUCCCAGUGCGGGUGAUGAAGGAUGAUGACAUCGAGGACGUUUCCACGGCCCGCAGUGACGUGGUGUGGGUGACGAGUGGAGAAAGUGUUUGUGGUCUGGAGCGAAAAGUUGUAAUCUGUGUGGAGGAUAACGUUUUAGCCCGGUUCUACUGCAUGUCCCGGUGUACGUCACAACUUGUGAUUGUCUACUCUUAGGACAAACCAAAGGGUAUCUGACGUCAUCACAUUGUGUCUAUGACACAUUUAUAUAUACAUGUUGUAUAUUGCACUCACAACAGUCGGUGUCUCUCUUUACACAACAACUAGUGUUAACUUUAAUAUCAUACGUAUGCACACAGAUGAGGUGACACUUUUAUUGCAGCAUGUAAAUACGUUUACAACAUAGCACACCACACAUAAACUAAACUUUAUGGAAAAAAUUCCUUUUUUUUUAUCAACAAUUUGAGAAAGUACAUGCACUGUAGCUGCAACAUCACCAGGAGCAGCAGUAACUGUGUGUCGGGCUGUGGCAGUAAAACGUUUAAGACAAAAAAGUUUUUUUUUAAAUAUUAACUUUCCUUGUUCAUUUCUGCAGUGGACUGUUGAAUAUGUUCCAGUAAUUUCUCUUCUGGUAUUUGUUUAUGAAUUCACACACAGACUGUGUCACACUAAGUCGUGUACAGACCUCCCUUCAAACCGUUAUUUUACCAGAGCAGCUGUCAACAUGUCUACUC